AUGAGCGCGCCUAACGCAGUUACACGCAAGGACAUUAAUCCCUUGCUCGCCAAAUAUCUUGCAAGCCUUGCUGCGAGGCCCCUCCUGACGAAAGCUGUUACCGCCGGCGCACUGUCGUUUGUCCAAGAAGUCCUCGCCAACCAUUUAGCUGGCGUCAACCUACCUGCCCCCAAAUCAGCCAACCCCUUGCGCAGCUUCACAGCAGCCGCCAAGAUAGACAGUAGAGCAUUCAAACUCGCCCUAUACGGCUUCUUUAUCUCUGCUCCUCUCGGGCACUACGCAGUCGGUUCUCUUCAAAAGUUUUUCGAAGGCAAGAAUGGUCCAUCAGCAAGAUUUCUGCUUCUGCUAGGGAACAACUUGUUUGUUGCCCCUCUUCAAACUGCCGCAUACUUGACAUCUAUGGCCGUGAUCGGUGGAGCAAGGUCGUCGAGCCAGAUCUUGGCUGUGCUCAAGUCUAAGUUCUUCCCAGUGCUCAAGAUGACGUGGGCGAUCUCACCCAUCGCCGUGCUUACAGCACAGAAAUUCCUUCCCCCAGAGACAUGGGUUAUCUUCUUCAACCUCGUUAGCUUUGUGAUGGGGACUAACCUCAACACCGCCAUCAAGAAGCAAAAGUUGAAGGCCUUGGCAGAGGAACAGGCCAAGAAAGAACGUGAAGCAAAAGAGAAAGGUGGGAGUGGGGUCGAGUCAACUCGUGUCUAG